GUGGAGGUGGCGCUGGCGAGGAAAGGCCGACUUACACGGCCCUUUUAGGUCCUGAUGCUGGGAGCGGGGUCUACGCUCCUAUUUCCUCUCACCGGGUGGAGAGUCCUACCUGGGCGGCGCAGGGAGGGACGGCGGCGGCCGGUGUGUGGGCUCUUUAGCUGCGCCGCGUGGGCCGAAAUGGAGGCUGAGGAUUUAAGUGGCAGAGAAUUGACAAUUGAUUCCAUAAUGAACAAAAUGAGAGACAUUAAAAAUAAAUUUAAAAAUGAAGACCUUACUGACGAGCUAAGCUUGAAUAAAGUGCCUGCUGAUACUACAGAUAACUCGGGAACUGUUAACCAAAUUAUGAUGGCAAACAGCCCAGAGGACUGGUGGAAUUUGUUGCUCAAACUAGAGAAAAACAGUGUCCCUUUAAGUGAUGCCCUUUUAAAUAAAUUGAUUGGUCGUUACAAUCAAGCAAUUGAAGCACUUCCUCCAGAUAAAUAUGGCCAAAAUGAGAGUUUUGCUAGAAUUCAAGUGAGAUUUGCUGAACUAAAAGCUAUUCAGGAGCCCGAUGAUGCGCGUGACUACUUUCAGAUGGCCAGGGCAAACUGCAAGAAAUUUGCUUUUGUGCAUAUAUCUUUUGCACAAUUUGAACUAUCACAAGGUAAUUUCAAAAAAAGUAACCAACUUCUUCAUAAAGCUGUGGAAUGUGGAGCAGUACCACUAGAAAUGCUGGAAAUUGCCAUUCGGAAUUUAAACCUUCAAAAAAAGCAGCUGCUUUCAGAGGAAGAAAAGAAGAGUUUAUCAGCACCUACAGUAUCAAAUGUGCAAGAACCAUUCCCCAAUACAGUUGGACAUUUACAGAAUAGGAACAUCAGUUGUGAUUCCAGAGGACAGACUACUAAAGCCAGGUUUUUGUAUGGAGAAAACAUACCCCCUCAAGAUGCAGAGGUAGGCCAUCGAAAUCCCUUGAAACAAACAAACAAGGCUAAACGGUCAUGCCCAUUUGGAAGAGUCCCAGUGAACCUUCUUAGUAGCCCAGAUUACCAUGAGAGAACAGAUACUUUGGUUGCACCACCUUUUACUAAAAGACAGAUCUCCGGAUCAGAAUGCCGAGAUGCAAUCAUUUCUGGAUCUAAAUCAAGUGGAAAUGAUUCCAGUGAGUUGAGACAUUUAAAGUCUGCUCAAAAUAUUCGUUCCAAGGAACCUUUGAUGUCAGAUGAGAAGAGUUCUGAACUUAUUACUGAUUCAGUAACCCUGAAGAGUAAAAGUGAAUCAAGUCUCCUAAAAAAAUUAGAAGAAACUAAAGAACAUCAAGAACCAAAGGUUCCAGAAAGUAACCAGAAACAAUGGCAAUCAAAGAGAAAGUCAGAAUGUGUAAACAAGAAUCCUGCUGCAUCUUCAAAUCAGUGGCAGAUUCCAGAGAUGAUCCAAAAAGUUAAUACAGAGCAGAAACAAACCACUUUUGAGCAACCUGCCCUUUUGAUUUCAAAGCAGUCGCCACCGAUAUCAGCACCUAAAUGGAUUGACCCAAAAUCUAUUUGUAAGACACCCAGCAACAGUGCCUUGGAUGAUUACAUGAGCUGCUUUAGAACUCCAGUUGUAAAGAACGAUUUUCCACCUGCUUGUCAGUUGUCAACACCAUAUAACCAACCUGCCUAUUUCCAGCAGCAACAGCAGCAAAUACCCAUUACUCCACUUCAGAAUUUACAGAUUUCAGCAUCCUCUUCAACAAAUGAAUGCAUUUCAGUUAAAGGAAAAAUGUAUUCCAUAUUGAAGCAGAUAGGAAGUGGAGGUUCAAGUAAGGUAUUUCAGGUGUUGAAUGAAAAGAAACAGAUACAUGCUAUCAAGUAUGUGAACUUAGAAGAAGCAGAUAGCCAAACAGUCGAUAGUUACCGCAAUGAAAUUGCUUAUCUGAAUAAACUACAACAACACAGUGAUAAAAUCAUCCGGCUUUAUGAUUAUGAAAUCACGGAUCAGUACAUCUACAUGGUAAUGGAGUGUGGAAAUAUUGAUCUUAAUACUUGGCUUAAAAAGAAAAAAUCCAUCAAUCCAUGGGAACGCAAGAGCUACUGGAAAAAUAUGUUGGAGGCAGUUUACACAAUUCAUCAACAUGGUAUUGUUCACAGUGAUCUGAAACCUGCUAACUUUCUGAUAGUUGAUGGAAUGCUAAAGCUAAUUGAUUUUGGAAUUGCAAACCAAAUGCAACCAGAUACAACAAGUAUUGUUAAAGACUCUCAGGUUGGUACAGUUAAUUAUAUGCCACCAGAAGCAAUCAAAGAUAUGUCUUCCUCAAGAGAAAAUGGGAAAUCCAAAUCGAAGAUAAGCCCCAAAAGUGACGUCUGGUCCUUAGGCUGCAUUUUGUACUAUAUGACCUAUGGGAAAACACCGUUUCAGCAUAUAAUUAAUCAGAUUUCUAAAUUACAUGCCAUAAUUGACCCUAAUCAUGAAAUUGAAUUUCCUGAUAUUCCAGAGAAAGAUCUUCAAGAUGUGUUAAAGUGUUGUUUAAUAAGGGACCCUAAACAGAGGAUAUCCAUUCCUGAGCUUCUGGCACAUCCAUAUGUUCAGAUUCAAACUCAUCCAGGUAACCAGAUGGCUAAGGGAACCAGUGAAGAAAUGAAACAUGUUCUGGGCCAACUCGUUGGCCUGAAUUCUCCUAACUCCAUUUUGAAAGCUGCUAAAACUUUAUAUGAGCACUAUAGUGGUGGUGAAAGUCAUGAUUCCUCUUCAUCAUCUGAGACUUCGGGAAAAAAAUGGGGGAAAAAGUGAUUUGCAGCUACUCAUGAACUAUCAGGUGUCUCCUGUAAAAUAUAUUGGACUAUUGUACUCUUGAUUCUCUGUGGAAAUCUGCUCUUGAAGACAGCUUCACUCUGAAAUGUCACUGGCAGAAAAAUUCAGUGGAUUAUCCUCAAAAGAAAACUGUAAAAAGCCACUAAUGACACUGUUUGUAUUAAAUUGUAGAAUUGUUUUCUCUUUUAUGCUUCCCUGUAAAUCUAAUCUAUUUGAUAUCAUUUUCACACUUGGAAUAGUGGGUAGAAAACGGAAAUUUUUCUGAGGAAUAAUGUAAAUAGGCUUUGUAUACUAUAAAAUGACACUAAAAUGUCAGAGUUGUAGAAUUGUGUUCUUCAAGCAAAUAUAUUGUUGGUGAGGCAACAGAAUUCUUAAUAAAAAUGGAUUAAGGGAAAACAUGAGAGUAGACCUUAGUAAAUUAAUUUUGGGGAAAAAAAAUUCCAAAGGAUUCAAAUUCUGAAAUAGAUUUCCAGUUGUUUAAUGCUACUGAUAAUACUCUUGCGUUUUAGGGCUACACUUGGCUCUUUUAAUUCUCCAUUUGAUUCUCAUAAUAUCUAUUGUUUUGAGUGUUCAGGGUAUCGUGCUGGAUUCUAAGAUGUAGGCUAUAUAGGGCAUGAUCUCAGUUGUAUGCCUUGCUUGGUAAUGAGUAAUCACGAAUGUGGUCACAGAAUUUCUGAGUCUGAAUCUAAGAGAUUACUUAAAGAUAUUAUCAUAUAGUAUUCUUUUCCCCAAAUUUUUCUUUAGAUUUCAGUAGACUUUUUUUUUUAAGACUUUAUUUUUAAAACACUUUUAAAUUCACAGCAAAAUGAGGGGAAGGUGCAGAGAUUUCCCAUUUAAUCCCUACCCCCACACAUGCAUAGCCUGCCUCCACCAUUAUCAACAUCCCCCACCAGAGCGACACUUUUGUUACAUUUAAUGAACC